GCUCGAUGCAAAUGCCGAGACCUUCCUUUCCCUGAGCUCCAGAAAUUCUAGACGCAUUGCCGCCGCUGCAAUGGCCGUCAAACGUAAAAAUGUUAGUGCAGAUAAUGCCGGGUCCAAGAGGAAGUUUCGUCGAGCGAUCGACGAUGAAGAAGACGAGGCUUAUGGGAGUGAUACCGCGUCACAACAACAUGAUUCAAAAGUCGGUGACCUACCCGUACCCAAGGUCAACGACGAAGUUGCCGCCUUCACUGAAAACGGCAAUGUGAGGGCCUGGAGCGAGGCUAGGCGCGAGUGGAACAAAGUCUGCCCCGUCGAAGGCUGUGGAAGACGCUUCAAUCGACCGUGUCGCCUGGAGCAGCACAUGCUUACCCACUCAAAGGAGCGUCCCUUCUCCUGUCCCUAUGGCGACUGCGACAAGACUUUUACCCGUAAGGACCAUGUGGAUCGCCAUACGAAGGCGGCCCACAGUAACGCUGAGCGCUCUUUUGUAUGUGACAGGUCAGAAUGUGGGAAGACGUUCACGAACAAAGAACGGCUCGUUCGACACCAGAACACCCACGAGGCUAGACUCCGCUGUGUAGGUUACCCUCCAUGCGAGCAGGAAUUCAGAAAGAAGGACACUCUGCAGAGACAUAUCAGAGCUGAGCACCUGGGGUUGAAGCCAUUUGCGUGUGAUCACGUUGACGACGAUACCGGGAAGCGUUGCACCGCAGCCUUCGACUUGAAGCCUGCACUCAAGAGGCACAUUGAAAACUGCCAUGGAGAUGGAGAACUCCGAUUUUCGUGCGGUAUUUGCAUAACUUCAGCUGGCGGAGAACCCGUUGAGACGGAAGCGAUGGGGGUAGUGAUUCUGCCGAAAGAACCUAUUGCAUUUCGGACGCAACCCGAACUCAGGGAUCACUUCCGCAAUUGUCACCCACCUACGUGCCAGCAUUGUGGUAAGAAGUGUACCACGGAACACGGUUUGCGUGCGCAUAUCGAUGUAGCACACGAGACACCUGAGGGUGGAUUAUACCAGUACCCUUGCCCUAAGCCAGGCUGCAAUCGAUCCUUCAAUCGGCGCGGAAACUUGAAGGUCCAUAUCAAGUGCGUACAUGACAAUCUGAGGAACUGGAUCUGCGGCUCCUUCGAUGCAUCGACAUCCAAUGUUCCAGAGGUUCAGGCUUGGGAUGGGAAGAAUUCUUGCGAUUUCGCAACCACAUGCAAGAGCACUCUGGAACAGCACAUUAGAACGCAACAUCUCAACUCCCAGAACCGCAAGAACACCCGAAGGGCUGCGAAGGAAGCAAAGAAGAAGAAUAUGGAGUCAAGAAAAGCCACACGAACCAAGAAACAAGAGUUUGACGAGUCAAUGCUCGGACUUCUGACUGGUGUUGGAUACGACGAGGGUAGGCCGGUUGCAUGCUUCGUUUCAGACUGCAAUCGACGCUUUACGAUGGACCGGGAUCUUCGCCGGCAUCUUCGCGGCGUCGAUCAUAAAUUGUCAGAUGAGGAGAUCGAGGAACGGAUUGCGGAACGAGACGCGCUCCAAGGUGGUCCUUUCUGGAUUGGAGGUCUCGAUGGGGAUGAUAUGCUCAGUCACCCUUUCGACCCAACUUUGUCACAGUAUCAGAGCCCUUACAUGACACCAAGCCUUUCCCAAAGCCAGACACCCUACCUGGAUCCGGAUCUAUCCCAGAGUCAG